GACCUUCUAGACCGAAGAAAUGAAGAAGGCGAUGGCUGUGUAUUUGAUGUUGACCGAUAUUGACCGCAGGAAGAUUAUGAGGAGGUACGGUUUAUGUGGUGUUUGUUUGUAAUGCUAUAUGAUGUCAAUAGCGGUCAAUAGCAAAGUAUCGUAAAAGUGGAUGCAAUUUAUUUUUGGUAACCGUGAUUUUCUAAUUAAUGACUUGAAGUACGAGAGGAAGUUUUUAUUUUCUAUCAUUGCCAAGGCUGGAAACACAAAUGCAGUAAUAUGGUUAGUUAUACGAAUGCUCGAAAAUUUACGGAACUGAAAAAACUGUUCAGAGAUUGAAGAAAUGAAGUUUCAGCAUUAAUAAUGGCAUCAAAAAUGGCCUUGAAACCAGGGCCACUUCUUAACCGCUACAGACAUUUCUUCAUAGGGCUGUUUGUCGUUCUCUUGCUGUCUUUUGCGAUUGUUGUAGUUGUUCAUUAUUUACCAACUGGAGUUUAUGAAAGACACAGAAAAGUUUAUCAGCACAUUUCAUUAGAUAACCUCGACAGGGUGCCAGAAGUAAUAAUUGCAGCAGAUGCACCACUUUCUGAAGGAAGAAAUCCUCAUUGUAGUUACUAUGACUGUUUUAAUGUUUACCGAUGUGGGCACACAGGUAAUAAUAAAAUUCAAGUUUAUGUUUAUCCCUUAAGAAAAUAUGUGGAUGAACGAGACAUUCCAGUGGGAAGUAAGACGUCAAGAGAGUUCUAUUUCAUUCUUCAGACAAUAUUAGAGAGCAAAUAUUAUACACCAAAUCCAGAAGAAGCAUGCAUCCUUGUACCAUCAAUUGACACCCUAAAUCAGAACCGUUUUAGGGUCAUGGAAACAUCUUCAGCUUUGGCAUCUUUACCUUACUGGAAGGAUGGGGAAAACCACUUGAUAUUCAACAUGGUUCCUGGUGGUGUCCCAGACUACAGUACUGUGGUGGAACUGUCACUGGGUCAUGCCAUUGUGGCGGGUGCUGGUUUCUCUUCCUGGACUUACAGGAUGGGUUUUGACGUCUCGUUGCCAGUGUACAGUCCAGUGGUGACGCAGCUUACUCCAGAUACUCGUCACAGGUUUGCAAGACCGUGGUUGGUUGUGUCCAGUCAGAUCAACCUGCACCCUGAAUAUGAAAGAGGACUGUGGCAUUUGGCCCAGGAUCACUCCGAAUUACUGCUGCUGGAAGCCUGUACAGGGGCUAAUCAGGGCAACUACAGCAUGAGGUGCCGUGGCAAGGAAGUGUUUCAGUACCCACAUGUGCUUCAGCGAGCCAAGUUUUGUUUAGUAAUUCGAGGAGCAAGACUUGGACAGCCCACGCUGCUAGAAGCUCUUGCCACUGGCUGCGUUCCUGUCAUGUGUGCAGACUCCCUUGUGAUGCCCUUCCAAGAUGUGCUUGAUUGGAAGAGAGCAGCUGUAUUUGUCUCAGAAGAUGACUUGGGCAACCUGAUGGAAAUCCUGACCAGUGUGUCUGAUGACCGAAUAGCAGAAUUACAGAGACAGGGCAGCUGGUUGUAUGAGCAGUAUCUCUCUUCAGUAAGGGCUAUCACACUCACCACUUUGGACAUACUCAAUAAUCGGGUGUUCCCUCAAAGUGCCCGUACUUAUCAAGACUGGAAUAUGCCUUCAGAUCCAAUGGCGUCCAAGUCUCCACUGUUCUUACAGCUUACAGCUCCACGUUCUCAAGGCUUUACUGCAGUUGUCCUGACUUACGAUCGUGUGGAGAGUCUUUUCUCACUCAUUCAGAAGCUGGUCAAGGCUCCAAGCCUCAGCAAAGUUCUUGUAGUGUGGAACAAUCAGCGUAAGGCACCGCCACACCCAUCAAUGUGGCCUAAAAUUGGCAAACCAUUGAAGGUGAUACAAACUAAAGAAAACAAACUGUCAAACCGCUUCUACCCAUAUGAGGAGAUUGAGACGGAGGCCAUACUUACAAUUGAUGAUGAUAUUGUGAUGCUGACAGCUGAUGAGCUUGAGUUUGGAUAUGAGGUUUGGCGAGAGUUUCCGGAUCGCAUUGUAGGAUUUCCAUCCCGAACUCAUGUCUGGGAUAAUGCCACUCAGCAAUGGAAGUAUGAAUCAGAGUGGACCAAUCAGAUCUCAAUGGUGCUUACAGGAGCUGCAUUUCACCACAAGUAUUGGAGCUACCUCUACACUACAUCAAUGCCAGGGAAUAUUAAAGAAUGGGUGGACGAGCAUAUGAACUGCGAGGACAUCGCAAUGAACUUCCUUGUCGCAAAUGUCACUAGCAAGGCUCCAAUUAAAGUAACACCAAGAAAGAAGUUCAAGUGUCCAGAGUGUACCAACACUGAAAUGCUGUCAUCUGAUUUGAAUCACAUGAUGGAGAGGUCACAGUGUAUUGACAGAUUUUCCUCUAUCUAUGGUUCAAUGCCUCUCCAAACAGUGGAGUUCCGUGCUGAUCCAGUUCUCUACAAAGACAGCUUCCCAGAGAAACUUAAAAGAUUCAACGAUAUAGGAAGUUUAUAGGACCUCAUUUCAGUAACUUACUUGUUGAAACUGUUCACAUUUUGUUACUCUAAGCUAUGGCUAGAUGUGACUACACCACAAUAUGCUGCUUAAUGUUAUAUGAUUAAUAAUAGCCUGUAGUUGCAUUGGUUAAAUAGUCCAGUCAAAAGAAACACCGGUUUUUGUUUUAGUAAGUGAAGUAUACAGUAGGAGCCAGGAUAGCUGAUUUGGUAUUGUGACUAAGCUACAGGCUGGGUCACUGAGGAAUCUGGGUGCAGUUGCUGAUAGGGGCAAGAGAUUGUCUCUUCUCUGCAGCAGUCCAACCAGCUCCUAGCCAGUGCCACCAGACUUAAAGUCACUGGGGGCAUAAAGUUGAUUGCUAAUCUCCAGAAACUGCUGAAGAACGCCAGUAGCUGUGCUUCCACUUGUCAUAACUGGAGGUAUUAUGAGCAAGAGGGGUACGGGGUGAAUGUUCUGUGUUGUUUGCCAAGAAAUCAGUUCUUGCUCAUGGAGGGUGUUGUUUUCCUCACUUCAGCCACUCAAAUUACAGGAUAGCACUUGCCUUGUUUUUCUUGUGUUGUAAGUGGCUUAGUGACAGACUGGAGUGCAUCUCAGAACUGGCCACUGGUAUGUGUGAACAUAUUUUAUAGUAAAUAAAAUCUAAAAGUUCCUGAUGGUGGUAUAUUAA